AUGGGUUUCCUGAUUCAAAAGCCUGAGGGCACUGCCGGAUCGGCAUUGCCAGCCAUCCUGGUCGGUCUGUUCGUCGCUUUUGGCGGCGUGUUGUUUGGUUAUGAUACUGGUACCAUUGGCGGCAUUCUGGGCAUGAAGUACUGGAGGGAGCAAUUCUCUACUGGCUACAUCAACCCCAAAGAUCAUCUUCCCGAUGUCACCGCUGCACAAACUUCCGAGAUUGUUUCCAUUCUUUCCGCUGGUACCUUCUUUGGCGCCCUCACGGCCGCACCUGUAGCAGAUUUGAUUGGUCGCCGACUUGGCUUGGUUGCUUGCAAUGUCGUCUUCUGCAUCGGUGUCAUCCUCCAGACCGUUGCCACUGACAUUCCUCUCUUCGUUGCUGGUCGUUUCUUUGCUGGCUAUGGUGUCGGCAUGAUCAGUGCUACCAUUCCUCUCUACCAGUCCGAAACCUCACCUAAGUGGAUCCGUGGUGCCGUCGUCGGUGCAUACCAACUCGCAAUCACAAUUGGACUUCUUCUUGCAGCCAUUGUCGACAACGCAACCAAGCACCGCAACGACACUGGAUCUUACCGCAUCCCCAUUGCAGUCCAAUUCGCAUGGGCUAUCAUCCUGUUCGUUGGAUGUAUCUUCCUUCCCGAAACGCCUCGCUUCCACAUCAAGAAGGGCCGUCAUGAAGCUGCUGCUAAGUCGCUUUCGGUUCUUCGCCGUCUUGACGUCGAUCACCCUGCUCUCCUUGAAGAGUUGUCUGAGAUCAACGCCAACCACGAGUAUGAGCUGAGCCUCGGCAAAGCCUCUUACCUCGACUGCUUCCGAGGAAACUUGGGCAAACGUCUCUUCACUGGAUGUGCUCUUCAGGCUCUCCAGCAGCUCACUGGUGUCAACUUCAUCUUCUACUAUGGCACUUCGUUCUUCCAGAACUCUGGCAUCAAGAACCCCUUCAUCAUCAGCAUGAUCACAUCCGCCAUCAAUGUUGCCUCCACUUUCCCCGGUCUCUACCUCGUUGAGAAGUGGGGUCGCCGCAACCUCCUCCUCUUCGGUGCUAUCGGCAUGGCUGUCUGCCAGUUCAUCGUCGCCAUCACUGGUACCGUCGUCGGUGUUGAGAACAUGGCCGCCCAACAGGCCCUGAUCGCCUUCGUCUGCAUCUACAUCUUCUUCUUCGCCAGUUCGUGGGGACCCGUCGCCUGGGUCGUGACUGGAGAGCUCUUCCCUCUCAAGGUCCGAGCCAAGUCUCUCUCCAUGACCACCGCCUCCAACUGGCUCCUUAACUGGGCUAUCGGUUACGCCACUCCCUACCUCGUCAACAACGAGCCCGGUGACGCCAACCUCGGUGCCAAGGUGUUCUUCAUCUGGGGCGGCUGCUGCUUCAUCUGCAUCUUCUUCGUCUGGGCCAUGAUCUACGAGACCAAGGGACUCGCCCUCGAGCAGGUCGACGAGCUCUACGCAAAGGUUGACAAGGCCUGGAAGUCCCCCGGCUUCGUUCCUACCGUCUCUUUCCAGGAUGUCCAGGACGUGAACGGCGGCAGGAAGUUGAGCUUGGCUGAGGCUGAGAACGAGGCUACCAGGAAGAGGAGCGUCGCCCACUCCGAGAACAAGGGCAACAUGACCGAGAAGCAUUUGGACGUAUAG